AUGUCCACCCUCCCCUCCCCACAAGGCUCCUACUACACCUCUCCCCUCAAAGCAGUCCACUACGGCCGCUCAUCCCUCCUCUCCCUUCCCUCCUCCCUCCAAUCCCUCAACGCCAGCCGCGUAUUCCUCCUCACAGGAAACAGCAUUAGCAAGACCGCCUUGUGCGAGCGGGUAAAGCAGCUUAUAGGGGACAAACUCGUAGGCGUCAAUAAUGGUAUCGGGCAGCAUGCACCUAUCGCGGGCAUUAGGAAGGCGAUGGCGGACGUUACUGCUGCUAACGCAGACACCCUCGUAGCCCUCGGCGGUGGGUCCCCGAUAGACGCAGCGAAAGCGAUCAAGUACUUUCUGCACACCUCCUCCCCCUCCUCUUCCCCUUCCGUAUGGCUCAACAUCCUCAUAAUCCCCACGACACUCAGCAAUGCCGACACGACACAAAACGCCGGCUACACAGACGACCAAGGCCAGAAAGUCUCCGUGAGCGCUGUCGAGCUCUGCCCGCAAGUGAUCAUCUACGACGCAGAGGCGACGCUGGACACCCCGCAGCGGCUCUGGCUCAGCAGCGGCAUGCGCAGUGUAGAUCACGCGAUUGAGACACUUUACCGGAGGGGGAUGCCCCCUCCAGUACUGGCAACCGCACUCCAAGCACUGCCGAUGCUCUUCACGCACUUGCUGGCUUCCCACCAGCACCCAGAAGACCUCGGCACAAGGGAACAACUGCAACUCGCCUGCUGGCUGUCGCUCUACCCCAACCCGCUCCCAGGGGCUGUAGGCCUCUCCCACGGCCUGGGUCAUGCACUCGGGGCGACGUACGCCAUCCCACACGGGAUCACGAGCUGCUUGACGCUAGCUGCGAGCUGUGCCAGAGUUGCGAGAAGGACGAAGCCGGAGUAUCAGGCGUUGUUGAGCGAAGCCCUGCGCCGUGUGGAAGGGAGCGUACCGGACCUCCCUCCCCCUACUAGUAGGUUCUCCAAGCCUGGGGACUCAGUGCUCCCCCAGGGCGCGCAAGACGGCGUCAAGCUUGCGGGGUAUGUGGACGCUCUGGUCCACACGCUCGGACUGGGGAGCACGCUCAGGGAAUAUGGGAUUGGGAAAGAGGAGUUUGAGAGUAUUUGCAUGCAUGGGCAUGGGGAUGAGAACCCGGAUGUGGGGAGGGAGGAGGUGUUGGAGAUCUUGGAGGAGAUUUGGUAG